CCCGCCGCGCCGCCGCCCGCACCCCGCCGCGCCCGCGCCCUGGCGCUGCUCGGGGCCCUGCUGGCCGCCGCCGCCGCCGCCGCCGCCGCCCGGGCCUACGCGCAGCACAGCCAGGCCCAGGCCGCCGCACGCCAGGAGUCAGCGCUGAAGGCCCUGGGGACAGAAGGCCUCUUUCUCUUUUCCUCCUUGGACACAGACCGGGAUAUGUACAUCAGCCCCGAGGAGUUCAAGCCCAUUGCUGAGAAGCUGACAGGGUCAACUCCUGCGGCCAGCUAUGAAGAGGAGGAGCUGCCCCUUGACCCCAGUGAGGAGACGCUCACCAUAGAAGCCCGAUUCCAGCCUCUGAUCCCAGAGUCUAUGACCAAGAGCAAAGAUGGGUUCCUGGGGGUCUCCCGCCUGGCCCUGUCCGGCCUCCGCAACUGGACCACCGCAGCCGUGCCAAGCGCAGUGUUUGCUGCCCGCCACUUCCGGCCCUUCCUCCCGCUGCGGGGCCAAGUGGCGCUGGGAGAGCCCUGGUGGAUCAUCCCCAGCGAACUGAGCGUCUUCACCGGCUAUUUGUCCAACAACCGCUUCUACCCGCCACCGCCCAAGGGCAAAGAGGUCAUCAUCCACCGGCUCCUGAGCAUGUUCCACCCUCGGCCCUUCGUGAAGACCCGCUUUGCCCCUCAGGGGGCCGUUGCCUGCCUGACGGCCAUCAGCGACUUCUACUACACUGUGAUGUUCCGGAUCCAUGCCGAGUUCCAGCUGAGCGAGCCGCCUGACUUCCCCUUCUGGUUCUCACCUGGCCAGUUCACCGGCCACAUCAUCCUCUCCAAAGACGCCACUCACAUCCGAGACUUCCGGCUCUUCGUGCCCAACCACAGGUCUCUGAAUGUGGACAUGGAGUGGCUGUACGGGGCCAGCGAGAGCAGCAACAUGGAGGUGGACAUUGGCUACAUCCCCCAGAUGGAGCUGGAGGCCACAGGCCCGUCGGUGCCCUCCAUGAUCCUGGAUGAGGACGGCAACAUGAUCGACAGCCGCCCACCCUCGGGGGAGCCCCUCCAGUUUGUGUUUGAGGAGAUCAAGUGGCAGCAGGAGCUGAGCUGGGAGGAGGCUGCCCGGCGCCUGGAGGUGGCCAUGUACCCCUUCAAGAAGGUCACCUAUCUGCCAUUCACCGAGGCCUUCGACCAAGCCAAGGCCAAGAACAAGCUGGUGCACUCAAUUCUGCUGUGGGGGGCCCUGGAUGACCAGUCCUGCUGAGGUUCAGGGCGGACUCUCCGGGAGACCGUCCUGGAAAGUUCGCCCAUCCUCGCCCUCCUCAACGAGAGCUUCAUCAGCACUUGGUCCCUGGUGAGGGAGCUAGAAGACCUGCAGAACAGCCAGGAGAACCCAGCCCACAAGAAGCUAGCCGGCCUGCACCUGGAGAAGUACAGCUUCCCCGUGGAGAUGAUGAUUUGUCUGCCCAACGGCACUGUGGUCCACCACAUCAACGCCAACUACUUCUUGGAUAUCACCUCCAUGAAGCCCGAGGAUGUUGAGAACAACGUCUUCAGCUUCUCGUCCACCUUCGAAGACCCGUCCACGGCCACCUACAUGCAGUUCCUGAAGGAGGGCCUUCGGCGUGGCCUGCCCCUCCUCCAGGACUAGUGUCCCGUCCCUGAGAGGCCAGGCUCGAGGUGGGGGGCUGGAGGAAGGGCCCCCAGUGCCGAGCACCGACCCCUCACGCGCAGAGCCAGCAGUUCUCAUACCCCUGCCACUCCCAGGCUGCCUGUGCGAUCUGAGGGCAAUGAAGGGUAGCCCCCUACUUUGCCUUGGUGAUGGGAGGACUACCCACAUGGUUCUGGAAGCUGCUCAGGACACCAGAAACGGGGCCUCAGGUCAUCUCCCUGGACCUCACUCACUCAGGCACAUAGUUCAGGUACCUGUGGGGUGAAGGUCAGUAGGGAGUGGUGCUAGGAAGACAGGGCCACCUCUCUCUCCUUACAUUUACCCCCUCCCAAAAGAAACAUCAAGAAACCCUGGACUAGGGGCUAAGGAGGAGUUGCCAGGGAAGCACUCUUGUUCAGAGCCUUCUUCCUGGCUGCCCUCUUCUGCCUGUUGUCCCCAGUGGGGUCAGCUUCAGCUGGAGACCGCCUUCUGGAGGCUCAGGGCAAAACCCUCCUUCAGGAGAGUUCCCUGUACCUAGGACCUCGGCUCCCCAGACCACUCAAUCCAGCCGAACAGUAGGAGCCAGCACCUGUUUCGGGACUUGCUGGAGGCCAGCUGCCUGGAGAGGUUCACUGUGAAGUAGGCUUCUGCUCUUAGCAAGAGAGUUCACCGAGGGGUUCCUGAGGCCCAGGGCCAAGGCACCCCCACCACCUACCCCACCAAGGGUCACAGGACUAGUAGAGCCAGCCUCCUGCCCCUCAGACCCACAGAAGUGUAGCUCAGCCAAAGAACACAGCCUCCCCCAGAGCCAGGGCUGGCCCAGCUGUCAGGGCAGCCCAGACCAGCUUGCCCACCCCCCGAGUGGCUAUUGGCCCUCCUUGGCCUCCCUGAAGGCCUUGAUCUACGUCCUCAGCCCUGACCACAGCCACAGCCAGUCUUUUUUUUAUACAUGCAGAACAGUGUUUUUAUGUGAAGUUUCUCACAGUUUGUAGGUAUUUUUGAUAACCCUGACACUGAGGAGAAAGAAGGGGCAGUGUCUUCCCGCAGCAGCAGCCCCAUGAUGGCUGGAUCUGAAAUCCUAGAUGGGUCCAGCUUGAUGUCUUUGCAGCUGCACCUACGGGAAGAAAUAUUCCUCUCUUUUCUUCCAGCUUUUUAAAAAAGGUCAGUGUACCCCCAACCCUAUCCUUGUCUUCCACUCAGGCCCAUGAGAGAUCCUUGGGCCUUCAUGAAAGCCUUGGAGCCAAGCCUGCUCCCCAAGGCCUGCCCCACAGGGGCUCUCUCUUAAACCUGGGAGGGGAAGGCAGACCUUUCCUCAGACACACUCCCAGGCCUCCCACCCUGAGUUCUCCUGCCUGCCACUGAAGUAUCCAUACUGAGCCUUUUCUAUCUGGGGCACUCUGUUAACAUUACUUGUAUUUUCUCAUUUAAACCUCACAACAAACCUGUGAGGCAGAUAAUUGUUCCCAUUUUGCGGAUGAAGAAACUGAGUCUCAGGGAAGUGAAGGGACGUGCCCAAGGUCACUAAGUGGCAGAGUUGAUUUUGGAGUGUUUUGGUUUGCACUGCACCCCCAGCACCCUCCCCUGCCCAUUUUAACUGAGGUGAAAAAAGAAAGCCUUUCAGACCAAAAUGCCUCACUCCCCUCUGAUCUCCAGACCAAAUGAGGCUCCAGCCAGCAAGCUCAGCCAAGUUCAUGUCCUUCUGGGAGGCUGUGCUUCCACUCCCCUUACUGGAGGGAGGGCACGUAGGUCUGUCUCUGCGCUUCCAGGCAUGGGUGGCCACAGCCAAUCCCAUGAGCCACACGGAGGCAGCAGACACUCUGCUUCGAUGCCCAGCAGGCUCUUCCCCUCGUGCAGGUCCAGGAGGGCCCGCCCCACAGUGAGCAGUCCUUGUCCCUUGUAAGGCACUGAUUGCUUUGGCUUUCUCAUCUUCAUCUCCUACCUUUUCCUGUCCCCCACUGUGCCCUGAAGCUCAUGGUGGGGGAGGGCCUCCAGGCCCCUCCUGCUACCCAUCUGUACUCCCCUCCCCUCCCCACACGUCCUAUAAUAAAAUUGGAGAGACUAGGA